UCCUCUGUGCGUCAGUGCGUCAGAGCCAGCGUGGAGAGCAGCGCGAUCCUCCCUCAGUUCAAACACUCGAGACUUUCUUUUUUAUUUACGAUUUUACAGCGGAUUUAUCUUUGUUUUGCGUCGGGGUUUUCUCGUUUUGAUAUAUUUUCUGUGCGUAGAGCUGGAGUUUUAGCGUGGGUCAACAUGCCUCCCGCGCUGCUCAGGUGGUGUGUGGCUGCGGCGCUGCUCCUCGCUUCUUCUGCGGCUCCUCCAGCUCCAGAUUGUGAUGGAAGUUCGUGCACGCCCUCCGCGGCUCCUCGGGGCCCCAGCUCACUGUCCGGGCCCAAUGAUUUGUUAACGGGUUCGUCCGAAUCUCAGCAGCGGUUUCUGAGCCGUCUGUCCGAGGUGGGCUCCAGCGGCUCCAGCGGCUCCAGCGGCUCCAGCAGCUCCGGGGACCGCAGGCAUCGCGAUGCCAGCGCAGUGCUGCCCUUCAUCGGACUCACAUCCAGUUCGGAGCAGAGUCGGAGCUGCUGUCAGAAUGGGGGCACGUGUAUCCUGGGCAGCUUCUGUGCCUGUCCUCAGUUUUUCACCGGGAGGACCUGUGAAUACGACCAGCGCCUCCGGAGCUGUGGGCCGGUGCCCCAUGGGGAGUGGGUGCAGAAGGGCUGCUCGUACUGCCGCUGUGGCUACGGCGUGCUGCACUGUUUCCCUCAUGUCUUCCACCAGGACUGUGAGGAUUCAGACGAGGUUCGCUGGAUCAGAUCUUCAGCUGGGGCCUGCAGACCACACUGGGCACUGCUCCCCCUCCUCUCAGUGCUUCUGCUGUGGAGAACACUCUGACCUCCUACACCCUAACGACAGCACCCACGGGCCCCACCAGAGAGGACACACACCCAUGAAGUACACAUCAGAGGAGGGAACGUCGGCAGACACUUGGACCCCCUGUGUGGGCCCUUCGGUGGGGUCCAUGAGAGGAGAGGUGAGGCUGCUCCCUGCGCUGUGGGGGACACUUUGACCCUACCACAACUUGAUGUACACUCCACCCACAUCAGCUCAAAUGAACUCUAAAGAGCGAUAACUUUGACACUUUGACCCCACCCUCACCCAUAACCCCACCCAUAACUGCACCCGUGAAGAACACAUGAGAGGAGAGAGCCGCCUACUCCCUCUGGUGUGUGUGCUGCUUGCGGGUACACUUUGACCCCUCCUGCACCUCUCUACAUAGCUGCUCCCGUGACCUCCAUAUACGAGAUGGGCAUGUUUGACCUUUGACUUUCACCCCACCCUCCUCUGCUACAGCAGCACCCAUGAACUUUACGUGAGAGGAGAGAACGGUCUGAUACCUCUGAACCUCGUACUGCUCCUGGGGACACGUUGACCCCAAAUUGAUCCCACUGCUCCAUUCCACCUUCUCAUCCACAGUGUUUCUAAUCGUACAGGAGCCCUCUACUGCUGCUAAUGCUUUACCUCGGGACAUUUGGAACCCACGUGGACUCUACACGAGCAGAGACCUCAUUGUUUUGAAAAGAUUGUAUUGCGAUGUCUAGUCUACACACUAUUGCACAUGUGUGGGGGCUUCUGGGUAAUGUAGUGCUCUGUGAACUAUGUGAAUUAUGAGCCAUGUCAGUGAAGCACAUCUGUCUUUUCACUGUGUGUUUGCAUUUUGCACAAAUUGUCAAUGUGAUUUUUUAUUUUAUUUUUUUCUUAUCAAAUGAACUGAAUGAGAUGUUUGGAUCAUUAAAACUUUUUAUCUAACCGCUCCA